GCUCGGUGCUAUCAACCUGAAAGUUUUGAUACACAUCCCACAAUGUUAGGCGCAGCAUCCCGGCGCGCUGUCGCCAUUCCAAGGACCCUUGCACAUCGCCAUCAUCAACAUGCAUUCUCAUCCUCGUCGUUCUCGACACGCACAAUACCCUCCAUCCUCCGUUCACGGCCGACCGGUGCUGCUCCUACAUCUCUCCUACGAACCGUCCAAGCCACCACCAUCCAGACUCGUCCCCUCUCCUUCGCGCAGAAGAUGAAGCGCGGUUACCAGGAAGCCUCCCGUGGCAUUUGGCGCAAUAACCCCAUUCUCCUUCCCCUCGCACUCCUCUCCGUCGCCACCGCAACCGCAAUCUUUAGCUACAUCGCCUACAAGGAAGCCACAGAAGUCGGCCCGCAAUACCACAAGUUUCCGCCACCGGUUGCAGAACGUCUCCGUACGGCAAUCUACUAUACCGACGUGAAGCUGAAUCCCGUCAAAGCUAUCGACGCAUACAGCGAGGCAAUUAAGUUAGCAGCGGAACUGCAAAUGCACCCUUACUCGGACGAAGUGAUGGGAAUCAGGUUGCAAGUAACCAAGUGUCUAGAGAUGGCGGGGCUAGUGCCAGCUGCUAUCCAAGUCUUGGAGAAGACACGAGCAGAUGCAUAUCACUGGGUGAAGACGAAUAUGGAAACAGAGGCAUUCAAAAGGGGGGAAAGCGAUUAUUUCUUUGCCCGCGGGCCCUCUGCAGAGAAAGGCGAAUUGGCCGCUGAGCCGAUGAAGGUCGACCCCGCCAUUGCAGAGUCAUACGAGAAGAUGAAGCAGGCGGAGAUCUAUGAAUAUGAACAAGUAGAGAAGACUCUCGCCAAGGUUGUGGGUAUGUCCGUAAAGCUCGCGGAACUAUAUAAGAGUGAUCAUGUCCAGGAUGACAAAAAGGCCGAAGAGGCGCUCGAAUUUGCCGUUCAACUAUCCCUCCGCGAAGUGCAACGUCGACACCAAGCCAAGGUCCCCAUCGGCGGUGGCAACUGGUUGACUCUAACGGAGAUCGGAACCGCUCUAUCCGAGUUGGGCCAACACUAUGCCUCCAAGGGGAAGUUGGACCUUUCUUUGCCGUUGUAUCUGCGCGCCUUUGACCUCAUCAAUGCCAAUGAAGGCGGGGUUCCAUCAUGCAAGCAGGUCACCCUCAUGUACAACAUCAGUGGCUGUAUCGGCUACCCAGCUCUAGACGGUGUCGCACCAUCGUCCGACCCUGGUGUUUCGCGUGCUGAGGCUAUCGAGGCCGCACGCAAGUGGGCUCAGGGCGCGAUUGAGAGGGCUGAGAAGGUCGAACCUUCCGAAGAUUCUGUGGAGUGCGAUUACAGCUGUGCGUCGGCUAAGGUUAUGCUGGGACAGUUGGCAGUGUUCCAUAAUAAACCAGAGGAGGCACUGAAGUAUUAUUAUGAGGCCAAGGAUCUUUACAACCGCCUAGAACUUAGUUCUGAUGUGGAGGAUGUCUCAAGGCUUAUUAAGGAUCUCGAAAAGAAGAAGAAAUGACUGAACUGAUGGAUGCAAAUCAAAUUAGGAGGAUUGUGUUGACGGGGCUGAUCAAGACCAAUAUCCACCAGCAUGCGGACGUAAUGUCACUGCCUUCUUAUUGGGGGUCGAAAUGUGGCGUCGUCAACCACUAUCCCAGCCUACGAGGCAACAUAUCAGUGAGUCAGCGUCUGAAUGUAACCAUUUAAUUCAUUGCGGACUUUUUGACCUGUUCGAGCCGCUGAGUUAGGUGCAGGCGCUUCGUUGUCUUGAAGCAACGAUAUUGUGACGGGCUGUGAUGGGAUGACCUAGGGGCUACCCUACUCCCUUUCCUCUGGCAUAUCGGAUCUGCCUGGCACACGUCUCGAGCUAUUCGUUACCCCCCGUAACCUUCACUAGCGAUGUAUUCUACUAGCCUUCUCUCAAAACUGUACAGUAAAUCUUGGCGGUGAAGCCAUGUGAUCACGUUCAGAAUAUACUCUCU